CAUGCUAACCGACUAACUCUCAGGUCUAGGUUAGCUAUUUUGUUGAUAAGAAGCAGAGCCUGUGCAUGUUGUAUCGCAAAAGUUUGUUGGUUUUCUCUUUUCUAUAUACUUUUAUUAACCUGUCUACUUGACAUAACAGACCGUCCAGCAGAAGCUAUUUUGAGAGAAGUUGGAACUUAAACUCAGCAAGGCUAUCAUGGAGAGCAGAAAGAGGGCAGCAGCUUCUUCCAACUCUCCAAGUUUGGUUUUCUGGUCCUCGUCGUUCCCACGGCAACCAGCCAGGGUCCUAAUUGUGGAGGCGCUGCCGCCCCGAUGGUCAGAGACCCGCACAGUUCUUUGCGAUGCUCUCGACAACUUCUUGUCUCUGGCCUCUAGUCUGGAUGGGCCCUGUAGGAUACCUCUACUGAGCCUGUAUGCCGUCAGCAGGCAGCGGGAAUGUCUAUUGCCACUUGUGCAAGUUCGUGGUAACUUCGCCAGGCUGCAUUCCUGUGUUGAAGAGCUGAGGUCUAUUCCAAGUGAAGGUUGUAUCAGAGGAGCAGCCGCGGGAGCUGAUCUGCUGCGACAGGCAGUGCUGGACAGUCUGCAGCAGUUUAAACAGUACAUCAGACACACCAGCGCUGGCAGUCAGGCCGGCAGCAACAUCUCUGUGGAGGUUACUCUGGUGACCAGCCAGCCAGGCCGUAGCAUUGUUCAUCAGCUGGAGAUGGGGCUCAAAGAUGCUGACUUGGUUUCACUGAAGCGACUCCUGGUAGUGCAGAUCUACAGUACAGGAGACUGGGGCCAAGACACUCUCUCACCUGAGGCCGCCGCACCCUCAGAGACUGAAGACUCUCUGAUGCUGGGGACAGAGGUCGACCUGCAGCAGGUGGAGAACACUGUGUUUGCCAUAGAGACUGUGUUCAAGGCAUGGCUUCAAGAACAGGGUGGAGACAGAGAGCACCUUCACCUCUUGCUACCAAGCCCCAUGGAUAACCUGAUUCCAGUGUGCGUGAAGUGUGACAUGCAGGAGCGCAUGAUAAGCCCGGCGCUCAUCCCGCUGACCCCGAACCUGGGAGUGAAGACUGAGAGCAUUCGGGACUUCCUGCCUGGCCCUAAGGGCUUGGCCAAUCAAAGCCCAGCACCGCAGACACUGAAAGUGAUCAAAGUUCUGCGUGCAGACGGAGUGUGUGAGAGUGUGUUGUACGGCCUUCCGCUGGUGAUCCGCCCAACCACCUGCUGGCAGCUGGACUGGGAUGAAAUGGAGAACAACCAGAACUUGUUCCAUGCCCUCUGCCACACACUCAGGAGUCGUGACCUGUUCCUGCUGCUGCAGGUGGAGCCGGCUCAGAAGUCUGCAGCUGGAGCCUCAGGUCCAUGUGUGUAUUCCCACUACAUCCUCCAGCCAUCUCCAUCUCUGUCCCUGCUGCUGAAGCCUGUGGUCUCCAGAGAGUUGCUGCUGCCGUGCUCACAGCUGGUCUCGGCUCAGGACCCUGCACAUCACGCCAUGCAGACUAUACAGAGCUGUCUCACUCAGCUGGAUGAGGAGUUUGUUUUAAACCCUCUCACCCUGAGCAGUAACCUCUACCAGCACCUCAGGAGCCGAGGCCUGCUCUCCCAGCCACGAUACCCAUACAGGAUUCAGCCACCACAGGAGGGCCCUAAAAGCACAGGCAGCAGACAGCCACGGCAGCUACAAAACUACAGUCGCCAACUGGGAAUGAACAACAAGGUCAGGGCCACCGUUGCUCCGCUACCCUCCUCCUCCGCCGCCUCCUCUUCCUCCUCGCUGGGACCUCCUCCCAGCAAGGCCUCCCGCCCAGCUCUGAACUUCCUCAGCAGCAGCAGCAGUGGCAGCAGUCGGGCCCCUACCCGGCAAGAGGGAAACGAUGAUGAUGAUGAUGAUAACUCUGUGCUAAUACAGUAAGAGUGCUGCAGGGUUAGUAGCAGAAAGUGAGGAAAAGUCCAUUGUUGCACACUUCAAAGGGGUUCCAGUGGAAUUAGCGCACCUGCAAAUAUAUAGGCCCUCACACACACACACACACACACACACAUAUUUGGCUAAUUGGUCUCCACUGUAAAGCUGGUGAGCAAUCAGGCAGCUCAUAAAGGCUUUAAAGAAAGGAAGAGACAAGCUAAUUUGCACGUAAAUGCACACAGGAGGCCGUGCAACACGCUGCGAGCACACUUACUCUGCACUGCACUCUGGGUGGUUCUUCUGACACUUUCUUUCAUCUCUAUUUAUUCUCACCGCUCGCUCGAACAAUAUUAGUUAGAUCUGAAUUUAACAAGCCUCCGUCGCUGCAUUUGCAAGCAUGUGCGUGUAUGUGUGCGAGUGUGAAUGUGAGAAAGGAAAGUUUCAGCUCGCUGCCAUGUGCAGAUUGCUGAGUUAGCAAAACGUCAAAAUCACACACCGUAAACAAUGAAAAAGAAAAAAGCAGGAUAAAAGAUGAAAAGAAGGGAAGCGGCAGGACAAUGAAAGCCUUAAACAGUCACCCAAAAAAAAUGGGGGGAAGUAAUAAGAAGUUGCAAAAAAAAAGAACAAACGUGGGUGGUGUGUGGGAGAUCAGAGGAAGAUUAAAAGCUGAUGGAUGUAUAAAAAGCAGUGUCUGCGCGCUACAGCACGCACGCUGGCACGCACAGCUUUAAGUCAAAAGGAAACUAGCUACAAAACUACAAUUGAUGCAUAAUAAACGAGACGUGCUGCAUAAAGACUUAUAGCGCGCACACAUGCACAUUCCAUCUUGAGCUCCCGUUCGAACACAGCUUCACUGUUUCAACGAGCCAGAGACAGAGAGGCCUCUCUGCUCGCCUUUACCCCCGCCGCCAGCUCUCUCUCAGAGGGUUUAAAGGCAGCGUGAGGGGGAGGAGGGUGGAUGGAAGAAAACUGAUAAAAUCUCCAGUGUGUUCUGUGAAAACGUGAAUAUGACAACUUUGCAUUGGAAAAAAACACUCCGUUGUGUCUGCGAGUGAGUGUGUGUGAGGCGAUUUGAAGUUAUUACAUCACUGCUGGUUUGUGCACAGUUUUAUAUUUACACCCCGACAGUGAUUCACAUUCACACAUUAGUUACGUUUGUCCGUCGUCACUGUUAUGAAUUCCUUUCCCGUGAAUGAGCCUUGUCACACAUAAGUUUAAUGAGUCUCCCGCCAUUCCACCCCCUUACUGAACCUUAUAACAUUUGGCACAUCCCAGUGGCCAGUGACUUCAUGACGUUGUGAUGUCACACUACUUCCGCAUUCACGACGACAACGAUGCUUUUGUCUCUGAGAAGAAUUCACCCGGACCUUCAAAACUAGCCACUAACAUUUUCCCCACUUCCCCCCCUCUCUCUCUCUCUCUCUCCCCCGUCGCUUCUUCACUCUCGCUCUUCACUUUCUUUUUGAUUCUCACGAGCGCUGGAGAGCUGAGUCAACUGGUGUGAAUUUCAUAAAUUUGUUCAGAUGCAACGACAGCAGUCCCUCUGUCCCCGGAGAGGUCAGAAGGCUAGAGCCGGAGCUCUUCUGCGUGACCUGCACACUGUUAGACACACUCCUCAUUAAAUGUCACAACUGUUACAGAUAAAUGUGAUAUUACCAGAAACUGACAAAAGUUCAAUUGUUUUUGAAAUUGCAGGAAGUUUAACAGUGUCCCGCUUGUCAGGUGACUUUUUCGAUUCUUCGCUCUAAAGCAAAAGGUCUUCUCUGAAAAAUGUUUUGCAUUUCUCGUUGUUCUUUUUUUCCUCAUCUCACAGUGUUAAUUCAAUCGUGUUCCUGUUCAGCUUUCUUUCAUAUAUAUGAGGUGUAUGUAUAUAUAUAUAUAUAUAUAUAUAUAUAUAUAUAUAUAUA